CUGGAGGAGAUCACGUGACCGCGUUUGUUGUGUCCGCACCGCACGGCCGCCGCGCUGCAAUGUCAUCCUCAUCGCCACCGUCUUCCUCGUCGCCGUCGCCCGUAUGAGCGCCGCUUCCCGACGGAGCGCGUCCGUGGCGGCUUCGAGCUGAUCGAGAAACGCUCGUUCGAUGCUUUCCGCCUAAAAGGGAGCCGCCGCCGCCGCCGGACCGAAACACGAGCGAAAGGUCCGUGAGUCUGAACAAUGGCCGUGUGGCAGCAGUUUGGACUGCUUCUGUGGAAGAACUACAUUCAGCAAAAGCGUCAGAUCCUGGUCACUCUGGUGGAGAUCGCUCUGCCGCUGCUCUUCUCUGCUAUCCUGAUCGUCCUGAGGCAGAAGGUGUCGUCCAUCAACUACCCCAAUGCCACGCACUACCACAGCUUCGCUCUGAGCGAGCUGCCGUACCCUCUGUGCUUCCAGGACCUGCAGCUGGCCUACGUCCCUGCCAACGCCAGCGUGGUGCGGCAGAUCUCGGAGGACGUGCAGCAGAGCCUGCGGGAGUGCAUCCGAACCGUGCGUGGCUUCGAAACAGAGGAGCAGUUUGAGGAGUUCGUGAAAACUGACCCAGAGUCAGGCAAGGUCUUGGCAGCCAUCGUGUUUGAGCACCAGUUCACACGCGACGACGAGCCGCUUCCUCUUCAGGUCAGCUAUCAUCUGCGCUUCACGUACAGCCCCAGAAACGCUCCGGCGCGUGAGAAGUCCGAGCUCAACCCCAACAACGACCUGGACUGGCACACGCUCAGUCUGUUCCCGCUGAUCCAGCUGCCCGGGCCCAGAGAGCAGCACGAGCCACGCGGGGGCACCCCAGGAUAUUACCGCGAGGGCUUCCUUCAGGUGCAGCACGCGGUGGACCGGGCCAUCAUGAAGGCCUACAACAGCACGGCGGCGGCGGCCCUCCUCAAGCGAGCCCAGGUGCUGCUGGCCCGCUUCCCUUACCCAGCGUUCAUCUACGACGUCUUCAUCCUGGCCAUCCAGAACCAGCUUCCCCUGCUUCUGGUGCUCAGCUUCACAUACACCUCUCUGAACAUCGUCCGCGCCGUGGUGCAGGAGAAGGAGAGGAAGCUGAAGGAGUACAUGCGCAUGAUGGGCCUCAGUAACUGGUUGCACUGGAGCGCCUGGUUCCUCAUGUUUUUCCUCUUCCUCUGCAUCUCCAUCUUCUUUGUUACCGUACUUAUCUGCGUCAAGGUGAGUCCUAACGGGGCGGUGUUGACCUACAGCGACCCCACGCUGGUGUUCGUCUUCCUGCUGGUGUUCGCCGUGUCCACCAUCAACUUCAGCUUCAUGAUCAGCUCCUUCUUCUCCAGAGCGAAUGUGGCGGCGGCGGCGGGCGGCUUCAUCUACUUCCUGAGCUACCUGCCGUACGUCUUCCUGUGGCCCCGCUACGACCUGCUCUCGCACGCACAGAAAGUCUCCGCCUGCCUCAUCUCCAACGUGGCCAUGGCCAUGGGAGCCCAGCUGAUCGGCAUGUUCGAGGGCAAAGGGACGGGCGUCCGGUGGAGCAACCUGUUUGAGCCGGUGACGGUGGACGAUGACUUCUCUCUGGCGCAGGUGCUGGGUCUGCUGCUGCUGGACUCGCUGCUGUACGCUCUGGUGGCCUGGUACGUGGAGGCCGUGUUUCCCGGGGAAUACGGAGUGCCUCGGCCGUGGUACUUCUUCAUCCUGCCCUCGUACUGGUGCAGCAGCCCUCGCGUGGCCCUGCUGAAGGAGAAGGAGGAAGAGGAGGAGGCCGAGAAGGUGACGAAGGGCGAGUUCAUCGAAGAGGAGCCAGCUGGACUGGUCUCGGGGGUCAAGAUCAAACAUUUGGCAAAGGUGUUCAAAGUGGGAAAUAAGACCAAGGAGGCGGUGAGGGAUUUGACGCUCAACAUGUUCGAAGGCCAGAUCACUGUCCUGCUGGGUCACAACGGAGCGGGAAAGACCACCACGCUGUCAAUGCUCACAGGCCUCUUCCCGCCCAGCAGCGGCCGUGCGUACAUUAACGGUUACGACAUAUGUCAGGACAUGGCUCUGAUCCGCCGCAGCCUGGGUCUGUGUCCGCAGCACGACGUGCUCUUCGACAACCUCACCGUCCGGGAACACCUGCUCUUCUACACGCAGCUGAAGGGUUAUCCUCGUGAAAAGAUCCGCGAAGUGGACCGCAUCCUUCGGGUCCUGAAUUUGGAGGACAAAUGUCAUGCGCGAUCUAAAACCCUCUCUGGCGGGAUGAAGAGGAAGCUUUCCAUCGGCAUCGCUUUAAUCGGAGACUCAAAGGUGGUGAUGCUGGACGAGCCCACCUCAGGAAUGGACCCCUCGGCCCGCCGGGCCACCUGGGACCUGCUGCAGGGCGAGAAGCGGGGCCGCACCAUCCUGCUCACCACACACUUCAUGGAUGAGGCCGACCUGCUGGGAGAUCGGAUCGCCAUCAUGGCCAGCGGAGAGCUGCAGUGCUGCGGCUCGCCGCUCUUCCUCAAGAACAAAUACGGUGCUGGUUACCACAUGGUUAUAGUAAAGGAUGCGUUUUGUAACAUGUCCGAGAUCACCCGUCUAGUGCACAUGUACGUGCCCGACGCCACUCUCGAGAGCAGUGCGGGCGCUGAACUCUCCUACAUCCUGCCCAAAGAGAGCACCAGCCGGUUUGAGCUGCUGUUUGCUGAGCUGGAGAUGAAUCGGGACGAGUUGGGCAUCGCCAGCUACGGGGCGUCUGUUACCACUAUGGAGGAGGUUUUCCUCAGGGUCGGGAAGCUGGUGGACUCCAGUCUGGAUAUCCAGGCCAUCCAGCUUCCGGCUCUGCAGUAUCAGCACGAGCGGCGGUCGCAUGACUGGACCAUGGACGACUCCAGCAGCAUCAGCGGCAUGACGGACGUGACGGAUUUCACCGACAGCGGCACCAUGAUCUCGGAGGACGGCUCCAACAUCAAACUCAACAUCGGGGCCCGGCUCUAUAUGCAGCAGUUCUACGCUAUGUUCCUGAAGAGGGCGCUCUACAGCUGGCGCAACUGGAAGGUGAUGGUGGCUCAGUUUCUGGUGCCGCUCAUCUUCACGGUCUUGGCUCUCGUAGUGGCCCGCACCCUCCCGGGAAGCCAGAUCACGCCCAUGCUCCGUCUGGCGUUAAAACAGUACGGCCCUACUCGCGUCCCCGUGGCCGUAGACGUCAAUGCCGGGCCGCUGGCUGCAGCUCUGGCUGAGAUGUACACCGCGCAGCUGCCUUCCCAGAACGCCGUUGGUGCCACUAACAUAACAGAUUUGUCGGAGUACGUGCUAUAUAACGCCUUGAGGGAGGGCGGGGCUUUCAAUGAGCACUGCGUGGUGGGCGCCACCUUCAGGAGCCGAUCCAGGAAGAGCGCAGAGGUCGUCGGCUACUUCAACAACCAGGGCUAUCACACCCCCGCCGCCGCUCUCAUGCUGGUGGACAACGCUCUCUACAAACUACUAGCUGGACCCGACGCCUCCAUCCAGACCGGAAAUUACCCCAUGCCCCGCAACAUGUCUGAGACGGCCCAGAGCCAGCUUUCGGAGGGUCAGACGGGUUUUGCCAUCGCCAUAAACCUCAUGUACGGCAUGGCAUCAUUAGCCAGCACCUUCGCCCUGCUCCUCGUCUCCGAGCGAUCGGUCAAGUCCAAACAUGUGCAGCAAGUCAGCGGGGUCUACCUCUCCAACUUCUGGUUCUCCGCCCUGCUGUGGGACCUCAUCAACUUCCUGUUGCCCUGCCUGCUUAUGCUGGUGGUCUUCCGAGUGUUUUCAGUGAAAGCGUUUGUGGCCGAGAAUCACCUGGUGGACGUUCUGCUUCUUCUGCUACUGUACGGCUGGGCGGUGAUUCCCCUCAUGUACCUGCUCAGCUUCCUGUUUUCCACGGCCGCUGCCGCCUACACGCGCCUCACCAUCUUCAACAUCCUCAGCGGCACGGCCACCUUCCUCGCCGUCACCAUCAUGACCAUACCUGAGCUGAAGCUCGUAGACAUGUCUCAUCUCCUGGAUAAGAUCUUCCUGAUCUUCCCAAAUUACUGCUUGGGCAUGUCCUUCAGCGAGUUCUACCAGAACUAUGAGACCAUCACCUUCUGCACCUCCAGCGCCUUUGCCGAGUUCAUUUGCAAGUACUACAACAUCACGUAUCAAGUGAACUACUUUUCCAUGGAUGAGCCCGGAGUGGGCCGCUUCCUGGUGGCCAUGUCCCUACAAGGUGUGGUCUUCAUCGCCCUGCUUUUCCUCAUCGAGCUCCGGUGCGUCCACAUACUGCUCAACAUCUGCAGGAGACGCAAGAAGGCUUUGCUGUUGGCGGAAGAAGCUCUCCAGCCCGAGGACAGAGAUGUUGCGGAGGAGAGGAAGAGGGUUUUGGAGUGCCAGCCGGUGGUUGAGUCAAUGGUGGGCAGCCCGCUUAUACUACAGGAGCUCAGCAAGGUAUAUUCAGGCGGGCAGUCGCUGUUAGCGGUGGACCGUCUGUCUUUGGCUGUUGGGAAGGGCGAGUGCUUUGGUUUACUGGGAUUUAACGGAGCAGGGAAGACUACGACGUUCAAAAUGCUGACGGGAGAUGAAAGCAUAACCUCAGGAGAUGCCUUCAUUGAUGGCUACAGCAUCCUCCGGGAUGUGAAAAAGGUGCAGCAGAGAAUUGGUUACUGUCCCCAGUUUGACGCGGUGCUAGAUCACAUGACAGGGCGGGAAACCCUGAGCAUGUACGCCAGACUGAGGGGCAUCCCGGAGAAAUAUGUCACAGCCUGUGUAGAAAACGUCCUGCGUUCGCUGCUGCUCGAACCUCAUGCUGACAAACUUGUCCGCAGCUACAGUGGCGGCAAUAAGAGGAAGUUGAGUGCAGGCAUGGCUCUGAUCGGUGGGCCGCCCGUGAUCUUCCUAGACGAGCCGUCCACCGGCAUGGACCCCGUGGCCAGACGGCUGCUGUGGGACGCCAUCACACGCACCAGAGAGUCUGGCAAAGCCAUCAUCAUAACCUCACACAGUAUGGAGGAGUGCGAGGCGCUGUGCACGCGGCUGGCUGUGAUGGUGAACGGCCAGUUCAAGUGUCUGGGCAGCCCGCAGCACCUCAAGAGCAAGUUUGGGAGCGGAUACACGCUGCUGGCCAAGGUCCGCGUGGAGACGGAGUUAGAGGAGAUGGACCUUCAGCUCUUCAAAGACUUCAUUGAAAGCACCUUCCCAGGAAGUUUACUGAAGGAUGAACACCAGGGGAUGGUCCACUAUCACCUGACUGACAAAACUCUCACCUGGGCACAGGUGUUUGGUGUUUUAGAAACGGCCAAAGAGAAGUACAACAUCGAGGACUACUGCGUGAGCCAGAUCUCGCUGGAGCAGGUGUUCCUCAGCUUCGCUCAGUUCCAGCACUGCGCCGAAGCCUGCAGGAAAUGACACGUUCGAGCACUAAAGGGGCGGAGCUCCUCGAUCUGACCUUCACCUGAAGAGUAAGAGGUACACCCUGGGCCGACUGACCCUCCGUCAGACCACUGGACAUUGCUCAGGUGUCUCUCUUCACACACACACACACGACACGAUCAUACAUAACGCACACUUCCAAUCGCGCGGAGACCGGACCGCUAACCCCAGGACUCCGCCAGUAGGGGGCGUGUGCGCGUUUGAGACGUUCGUCGCGCCAUCGGAAACGGUUUCUCAAUUUUUUUUAAUCGGUGCGUCACCGCCCCGAAAGGAAAGUACGUUCGCUGCGUCAUCUGUAAGCGCGACAGACUCUGCGUCUUGUGUGUGUGUGUGUGUGCGCACUCGUGUACGAUUGCUGUGUUAUUUAUAAAAGUCUUUUUUUCGUUGGUUUCUCCUGUUUUCUGCUGUGGUCUCAAUGCCGACAGUACACGCGCCUCGCCCCUUUUGCUGAUAGCAUACGCAAAUUAAGGCCAGAUGUACGGGAAAACGCGACACAAAAGCUGCUUCUUUGGGAUUUGCAAUGUUGUAGAACAUAAAACGUAGCCGAACAUGAAUGUAAAAAUUUUACAGAACACCGCUGUAGGUCGUUUAUAGAAUUUAUACAGUCGAUUUGUUCGCAUUAUCUAGGCAUUUAUAGCCGUUUCUCUAGAAAUGAUAAAAAUUGAUCUUCCAAAACAGGAAAUCUUUCAAAGUGGUGCGAUUCUUUAUGCAUGUCAUAAUAAAAGUCACGUUUAUUUUUUUUCGCUGCUAAAAAAAAAAAAUCCCAUAAAACAUUCCUCAGUUCUUUUUAACGAGACCACAGAUGUUUGAAUGCUUUGCUUUUCCCCUCCACAUAUCCAGUCUUGAUUUUUUUUACCAGCGUGACAUUCCUCCUCCAGAUCGGGAGGAUUUUUUGGGGGGCUUUGUGUAAUUCCGCAGAUGACCACUAAAGGACGUAUAGUGCACUUUUUAAUAUUUUUUUUUUUACAUUUGCAUCAAACUGAAUGUGUCUAGAUACACUAAACCACAAGCUUUUUGUUUUUGUUACUCUAUCCUGCACUACUGAUGUGGACCAAUUCAUGCAACUUCUGGAAUCCAUAAAAGAGCUCACAGCGGUCGGGGAGGGUUUAAGAUCAGCGUGAAAUGUAUUUUUUUUUGCAUUGAAUGUUUUUAAGACCUCGUAAUUCAUGUCGACGAGGCUCAGUGACUUUUAGCGUUUAUGCUAGAUUUCCUCUCAAUCAGCGAGUCUUUGUUGAACACGGUUCUGCGUCCUUACGAAGAUUGAAAUGAAAGCAGCAUGGCUUCCCCUUCCAGACCGAACCGACAUCACUUUGACCACGUUUCCGUCCAUGCCGAUGCGGACCGAAUGUAAAACACACUGACGUACUGUAGAUAAACGGGGCUUGACGGUGACGGACAACAAAUUGUUUCUUUUCUACGUUUUUUGUCGUUGAUUGGUCCGUUUUGCACAGUGCUCUGGCUGUCGUGUCUGAACUGCUUGUUUGAAAUACUGCAUUUUGAGAAUCGAGAAGGCAAACUUUGGGAAUGUUAAUGACGACGAUGUUGAUUUAAAAGGUAAAAUGUAUACCAUAAUGCAAAAAGGGAAUUUACAUUGUAAUCUUGUGUACUGUAUCACUAAAUUAACCUUGUGAGAAAUGUAAGUAUUGCCAUUUCUUUUUUUCUUUUUCUUUUUAUUAAAUCUGCCUUGUGCAAAGGAA